AUUCAAUACAGAACAGUCUCGGAGAUGGACGUUUUAUUAACAUGGUUUGGUUGGAGUAUCUGUUAGAAUGCGUUAUCAGCGGAACAACAACUAAUGAUCACACCAUAUCCACAAGCACGUGUGACGGAAGGUCAAGACAUGACAAUGAGCUGCUCAUGGAUUGCGAGUGAUGUUGUCAGGGGCGUUAUAUGGCACGACAACGGCUUCUCUCUGGGAACAAUUUCUAUAAGUCAAUCCAGGCCUUGUGAUAUUUAUGGCAAACUACUCAAUUACAACGAAUUUGACGUAGGAUGCGAUUGUAACAACACAUUUUCUGUAACAAUUAAGAAAGUGCACAGAAGCAGAAAUAACGCACAGUGGAGUUGCGAAAUGUUGAUAGGAGGAAGGUACAUCAGCAGUGAGAGCACUACUAUAGCCGUCGAGGUCGGUUUAUCUGAAGUUGUGUUGCUCCCGCUUUUGCCGCAAAAGAUAAUAGCGGACAAAGAGGCAACGCUUAAGUGUCGAACAUCCGGCGGCUUACCGCCGGCCAAGGUGACCUGGUUCAUGGACUCGGGAGAAGGGUUCACGAACAUGUCCACUCAGUCCUUCAAUUCUUAUGCGGAAGUAGAUGAUGUGUUUGUUGUUACCAGCAAAAUGUCAUUUACGCCUUCACGAAACAACACCUACAUUAAAGUUUUCUGCAGCGUAAGUAACGUAGGAUCAGAAUUUAGGUCGAGGACGGCUGUUGUGGAAGUAUUGUCUUUUCCUUUAAAACCGGUUAUCUCCAUUAACGGAAAACCUGCAUCUGCUAACACACAUAUUGUCGAAGGUCAAAGUACUACACUUCACUGUGAAUCACAAAGCCACCCACCUUCCACCUACACCUGGAUCUUUCCCGGAGGAACGACAAUAGGUCAAGAUUUGCUGCUAAAUAACCCGGCGACUCAUACUAUUCGUCAACAUGAAGGAUGCUUCGUGUGCAUUGCGGAUAAUGCACUGAAUGGCAUUUCGACAAUGACUUUCCUGCUCAAUGCAAGUCGUUCCGCAGUGUGUUUUACCUUUGAGUCAGUGGUAACGCAACCACCCCAUAAGGCGAACAUUGCAAUCAUUGGUGGAAUAGUGGGAGUUCUAGUAGGGGCAGCCAUCAUUGUACUGAUCGGUAUUUUUAUCAGCAGAUGCAAAUUGGGAAAAAAAGAAUGUGUCACCACUAUAGACGAUAAUGAUGCAUAAAUGUUUCUAUUGCCUGGCGACGUCCGAUGGAGACCAAAGUUACAUUUUUUACAGCUAGAAUAUUUUUAUGUAUUUUUUAAAAGCUACCAGGUUUUCAUCUAAUAAUCAAAGCUGAGUUUGCGCAUGUUGGUGCUGUGUUCAUGUGUAUAUGGUAUAUAUAUACUGUUUCGUUAUUUAUAUCCGCACGCUUGUUAAACCCGAUCUUCGAAGACAUGAUCAACUUCUUUAAAACAGCUCGAGUUCGUUAUUUAUGGUACGUGCGCAUAUAACCGACGCAAUUUUUCUCCGAAACAAUUAACUAGCUACGGGAAUAACCUUGAACAGUUCGAGCCAAAAUGUGUGUGAGUUAAAAAUUAUUCAAACAUGUCGAUUACAAUACAAUUUUAAAAGCAUAAACACAAACGCGUUUUAUUUUUCAAGCAAAACAGCCAUGUAUUGCAUAAAUAUUGUCAAUAUAUCAAGACAUGUCCGACAUAAUAUGGUACUAAAUUGUAUUACUUGUAUUUUAAA